AAAGUGGACCGGUGCAGCGGCUGGUAAAGUGUGUGUGGGGGGGUGCGGGGUCCUCCUGGCAGCCUCCGGGCCCCCGCGAGCACCUGGCUCCGGGUCACCGCGCGCCCCUCCCUCCUCCCUCCUCCGGCCUGAGUCACCGCGCCGCCCGAGUCCCCACGCGGAGAUGCGGCGCUGAGCGCUGCCGGGACGCUCAGGGCCCCGGGACGCAGCAUCGGGCUCUGCGCGCCGCGCGCGAAGCCAGGCCGGCAGCCGCGCUCCCCGCCCGGGUCUCCCCGCCGCUCCUCCGGGCCUCCAGGCGGGCGGCGGCCGAGACCUGAGCCGCGCCCCGCGCCCUCCAUGGCGUUUAUCCGGAAGCAGCAGCGGGAGCAGCAGCUGCAGCUCUACUCCAAAGAGCGGUUUUCUUUGCUUUUGCUUAAUUUGGAGGAGUUCUACUUUGAGCAACACACGGCUAAUCACAUUCAGCACAAAGGUAGUCAGAAUGAAAGGAAAGUCAGAGGUUCCUUUAAAAUAUGCUCAAAAUCAGUUAUUUUUGAGCCAGAUGCAAUAUCUGAACCCAUCAUUAAGAUUCCACUGAGAGACUGUAUAAAAAUUGGGAGACAUGGAGAAAAUGGAGCCAGCAGACACUUUGUAAAGACAAAAUCUGGGUGGAUUUCCCUCAUUUUCUGUCAGGUGUAUUUCAUUAAAGAACACAACAUCAUCGCACCAUAUAAAAUAGAAAGGGGAAACAUUGAGUAUGUCUUUGAAUUGGAUGUUUCUGGGAAAGUGGAAGAUGUUGUGGAAACAUUGCUGCAGCUUCACAGAGCAUCCUGCCUUGACAAACUAGGGGACCAAACUGCGAUGAUAACAGCUAUUUUGCAGUCACGUUUGGCUAGGACAUCCUUUGAUAAAAACAGAUUCCAAAGUGUUUCUGAAAAGCUGCACAUGGAAUGCAAAGCAGAAAUGGUGACACCCCUAGUGACAAACCCUGGACACGCAUGCAUCACCGACACCAACCUGUAUUUCCAGCCCCUCAACGGAUACCCAAAACUCGUCGUCCAGAUAGCCCUCCAGGAUGUCCGUCGCAUUUACAAAAGAAGACACGGCCUCAUGCCUUUGGGCUUGGAAGUGUUCUGCACAGAAGAUGAUCUCUGCUCUGACAUCUACCUAAAGUUCUACGAACCUCAAGACAGAGAUGACCUCUACUUCUACCUUGCCACAUACCUAGAGCACCACGUAGCGGAGCGCACGGCCGAGAGCUACACGCUGCAGUGGCAACGCGGCCACCUGUCCAACCGGCAGUACCUCCUGCACCUCAACAGCCUGGCCGACCGCAGCUGCAGCGACCUCUCCCAGUAUCCCGUAUUCCCGUGGAUCAUAAGCGACUAUCGCAGCUCAGAACUGGAUUUGUCAAAUCCAGGAACCUUCCGGGAUCUCAGUAAACCAGUAGGGGCCCUAAAUAAGGAACGGCUGGAGAGACUGCUGACACGCUACAAGGAGAUGCCAGAGCCAAGGUUCAUGUACGGCAGUCACUACUCCUCCCCUGGUUAUGUGCUGUUCUAUCUCGUCAGGAUUGCACCAGAGUACAUGCUGUGCCUCCAGAACGGAAGAUUUGAUCACGCAGAUCGGAUGUUCAACAGCAUUGCAGAGACUUGGAAAAACUGUCUGGAUGGUGCAACAGAUUUUAAAGAAUUGAUUCCGGAAUUUUAUGGUGACGAUGUCAGCUUUUUAGUCAAUAGUCUGAAACUGGACUUGGGAAAGAGACAAGGAGGGCAGAUGGUGGAUGACGUGGGGCUUCCGCCUUGGGCAAGGAGUCCUGAGGACUUCCUCCAGAAGAGUAAAGAUGCCCUGGAAAGCAGUUACGUGUCGGAACACCUUCAUGAGUGGAUCGACCUAAUAUUCGGCUACAAACAAAGGGGAAGUGAUGCCGUUGGGGCCCAUAAUGUAUUUCAUCCUCUGACCUAUGAAGGAGGAGUAGACUUGAACAGCAUCGAAGAUACUGACGAGAAGGUAGCCAUGCUAACCCAAAUUUUGGAAUUUGGCCAGACACCGAAACAGCUGUUUGUGACACCACACCCUCGGAGAAUCACCCCAAAGUUUAAAAGUGUGUCCGAGACCUCCAGCUAUAAUACUUCCAUAGCAGACUCUCCAGUCUCCCCAGGUGAAGAGUCUUUUGAAGACCUAACUGAAGAAAGCAGAACCCUGGCCUGGAAUAACAUCACCAAACUGCAGUUACAUGAGCACUGCAAAAUCCACAAAGAGGCAAUUACAGGAAUAGCCGUCUCUGGCAAUGGGUCUUCAGUCUUCACAACAUCCCAAGAUUCCACGCUGAAAAUGUUUUCUAAAGAAUCCAAAAUGCUACAAAGAAGUAUAUCAUUUUCAAAUAUGGCUUUAUCAUCUUGUUUACUUUUACCAGGAGAUGCCACUGUCAUCAGUUCUUCAUGGGAUAAUAAUGUCUAUUUCUAUUCCAUAGCAUUCGGAAGACGUCAAGACACAUUAAUGGGACAUGAUGAUGCGGUUAGUAAGAUAUGUUGGCAAGAUAACAGACUGUACUCUGCAUCGUGGGACUCGACAGUUAAGGUCUGGUCCGGUGUUCCUGCAGAAAUGCCAGGCACCAAAAGACACCAGUUUGAUUUGCUAGCUGAACUGGAGCACGAAGUCAGUGUAGACACGAUCAACUUAAAUGCCGCAAGUACACUGCUGGUUUCAGGCACCCGAGAGGGUACUGUGAAUAUCUGGGAUCUCACUACAGCCACGGUGUUGCAUCAGAUUCCGUGCCAUUCAGGGGCUGUAUCUGAUACUGCUUUUAGCCCAGGCAAUCGCCACGUCGUCAGCACAGGGGAGGAUGGCUGUCUUAACGUCAUAGACGUGCAGACGGGAAUGCUUAUUUCUUCUAUGACUUCAGAGGAGCCUCAGAGAUGCUUUAUCUGGGAUGGGAAUUAUGUUUUGUCUGGAAGUCAGUCUGGUGAACUGCUUGUUUGGGACCUCAUCGGAGGAAAGAUCAGCGAGAGAAUACAGGGUCACACAGGUGCUGUGACAUGUGUAUGGAUGAAUGAACAGUGUAGCAGUGUCAUCACAGGAGGGGAAGACAGACAAGUUAUGUUCUGGAAACUGCAGUAUUAAGUGCCUUUUUUCCUCUGCAAUAUUGAGCUCCAUUUAAAGUAUUUUUAAGCCAAACUUCGAACUGGUGAAUGUGCAAUGAUAGUAGUUAGAAGUUCUACCACUUUGAGAAACGUGUGGUUUUAAGCUAUCUAAAUCACGGUGGCUCCACUGAGAGCCAUUAGUCGGUCAGCUUCUCAGGCAGACAGAGAUCAUCUGUAAGAAAACAGUCAUCCGAGUGUGCCGUCGGGUGGUUUGAAAACAGGUCAGAUGGCCAGGACAGCAGCCAGGAGAUACAUACCACAGCUGGGCUAGGAAAACUGGGUGCAGAAAACACUGAACGACUAAGAACUUUCCAAGAAAAUGUCACAGUUGUGCCCCUCCUUUACAGCCGCUGCCUGCUGGCUUUGGAGUGUCUUCAUGCAGUGGUGACUUUCUGAAACCUACUGUCCCCAGAUUCUAGGAACCUGGGGAGGGAUUAGCAGUAAACUCAUUGUAUACAAGAACAGUUUAUUUCAUUGUAGCUCUUGAAGUUCAUCUUUUCUACAUUAAAAAUAUUUUUCUGUAAUGAAA